AUGAGUUUAGAAUUGUUACCAAAUGAAAUUUUACUUGAUAUAUUUGAAUAUUUCGAUGGUAUUGAUCUUCUUCGAACAUUUUAUGGUCUUAACUCUCGCUUCAAUCUCGUUCUUCACGGUCAAUUUCCAAAUUGUUCUUUCAAAUUUAAUUCUGUGUCAAAACAUGAUUUCGAUAAAAUAUGUCAACAUUAUCUACCAACAAUGGCAGACUAUAUUGUUACUCUUAAUCUUUCUGACAAUGAACAAACUCCAACACAAAUUAAACUGUUUCUUUCAUACAUUCCAUCAUUCAAUCGAUUCACUCAGUUACGAUCUCUUUCACUGUCGAAUCUUCGUUCAUAUCAAACACUAAUGAAAAUCGUCGAAGGAUGUCAUCAUCUUUGUAAUCUUACUCAUUUGGAACUUUUAUAUUGUUAUCUUCAAGAUAAACAAAUUGAUUUUCAAUUAAUUGUUAAUCAUAUUUGGAGUUUACCAAAACUUAUUCAUUGUACGAUCGGCAUUGCGAUCAAAGGACAAUGCUUAUUUCGUACACCAACAAUAAUCUCUUCAUCUCUCGAAUAUGUAUCUAUAGAAAGAAUUCAAAUUAAACUGGAUCAAAUAAAUCAAUUGUUUGAAUAUACACCUAGUCUUAAAUGUCUUUCAAUAUCUGUGCCAUCCUUUAUUGAUAAUGAUUAUAUUCCCAUUUCUAUUCCAACUUUGAUGGAUUUGAGUAUUAGUUCUUGUUUUACAUGUGAUGCAUCGAAUAUGGCUAUUUUAUUACAAAAUACACCUAAUCUUCGUCGUUUAAGUAUUGACCUAUGUUCCGAACUCAUUGAUGGUAAUCAAUGGGAAGAACUUAUUCGUAAUUGUUUACCCAAACUUGAAGUCUUUCAGUUUAAAAUGAAAGUUACAUUACCUAUGGGACAAAAUCUACAAAAUCGAGUUGAAGAAUUAAUUAAUUCAUUUCGAAGUCCAUUCUGGAUUGAUGAGCAUCAAUGGUUUAUCCGAUUUCUUACAUCGAAUAGAACAAUGUAUCUCUACACUUUAUCAAAUAAAUAUGAAGAAAACCUUCCCGUCUUAUUUAAAUCGACAGAUCCUCAUGAUGAUCAACAAGAUUUUUAUAAUAACAUAACUAAAAUAAUUUCUCCAACAUUUUUUGAUCAACCAAUUCCAAUUCCAUCAUACAUUCGCUUGACUCAAAUUAAUGAUCUUUCUAUAAAUCUUCCUAUUAAUGAUCAAUUUUGGUCCCUUGUUCCAACCUUGAAUCGAUUAAAGACACUUAAAAUAUCAUUUCAUACAAAUGCUUUUCAAUCUCAAGUGCAAGCAUUACUUAAUCGAGCACCUCAUCUGGAAAAAUUAAAUAUUCAUCAGUAUGAAUCAAUAUCUUUGCAAAUAUCAGUAUUCAAAUAUAUAAAUGUAUCUGUUCGUGAACUCGAUUUACGAGGUAUUAAUCAUUAUUUUAAUGAAGAAGAAUGUAUUAGAUUGAGUCGUUCACCGUUAGGUAUUCAAUGUGAAAAGUUAUCUAUCUUGGCUUAUAAUCGUAAAAGUAUUAUUUCUCUUAUCGAAAAUAUGCACAAACUUCGAGCAUUAAAUGUUCGAUGUAAAGAUGAAAAAUAUAUUGAACUAUCAACAUCAAUAGAAGACAAUAGUGUUGAAUAUUAUGAUGAUAAUGAACAAAAUGAAGAUGAUUGUAUACAAUGGUUAAAAAGUCAUUUACCACCAAUAUGUAUCGUCAUCAGAGAUCCAAAACUUACAUGUAAUAUUUUAAUAUGGAUCUAA